AUGGCUAAAAUCGGAGUCUUCCCCGCCACUGGCGGUCUAGGAACCAGCAUCAUCCACCAUCUGAUCAAAUUAGUUCCCGCCUCCGACUUGAUCCUCAUUGCCCGCAGACCCGAGACCCUGGAUCCUCUGAAACAAGCUGCGGCGACCGUCGACGGGCUGACUAUGAGGACCCCUCAUACCUGGAGGCUGUCUUCCAUGGAGUCGACGGACUCUACUCCGAUUGACCUGGAAAACCCGCUCGAGGACAUUGCCAUCCCGCACGGCGACUCCGCUCCCAGUAUCGCCUGGGUGAAGCGCGACGAGCUGGGCGAGGCCACGGCAACUUUGGCCGUUUCGUACGUGCGGGAUCCCGCGCGCUUCGCGUACCUAAAUCAGCGGAUUCUGCUCUCCGGGGCACGCGUCUUGUCCUUGAAUGAAACCGCAGAGGUUCUAGCCCGUGUGGUGGGUCGUCCCGUGGGUAUCUGUCAGAUUUUGGUCGGCAACCCUAGCUCCUCCCGCUCGGCCGCGUCACUGCGCAAUCAUUUCAUCCCGUUGCUCAGCGACGGUAUCCACGGCUCUAGCAUCCUUUGGCAUAGUACAUCCGACGGUAGCCUGCCGAAGUCUGGUCUGAUCUGA